GGGGGUUGGAAAGACAUGAUCUACAAGAUCUCUUCCAGCCCAAAGCAUUCUAUGAUUUUGAACAAAAUGUUAUCUGUUCCAGGUUUGGCCUUGCAAAUACAGUGUUACCAGUGUGAGGAGUUCCAGCUAAAUAAUGACUGCUCUUCUCCAGAGUUCAUCGUGAAUUGUACAGUGAAUGUUCAAGAUAUGUGUCAGAAAGAAGUAAUGGAAAAAAGUUUUGGAAUCAUGUACCGCAAGUCCUGCGCGUCUUCAGCCGCGUGUCUGAUCGCCUCUGCUGGGUACCAGUCCUUCUGUUCUCCAGGGAAGGUGAACUCUGUUUGCAUCAGCUGCUGCAACACUCCGCUCUGCAAUGGACCCCGGCCGAAGAAGAGGGGGAAUUCUGGUGUGGUGCCAAGGGCACAAGUGAUAACCACUGUUCUGCUUCUUAAAUUUACUCUGUUGUUUUUGUAUUGCUAAACUUCAAGCAAGUUUGGUGGUUUGUUUGUUUUUUUUUUUUUUUGCCCCAACACAAUUUGUUCUGUCUCCUCCUUUCUUCAAAGACACUGCAAUUAUUUUCUGUUUGUUUCCAAAUCCCUGUCAACAGCGAGGGAAGUUCAGUGGUUGUGUGGAGAGAGGGGCUGAUAUUUUUGGCAGCUAAUGAGUUCAGUUAGCAGAUUGAAUUUCCAGUGUGCGCUUAAAAAUCCCAGCAGGAUACAGAACUCCUGCUCUUUUUGCAUAACUGGAAACAAACCCAUCUGUGUUAUUCCUUUUGAGAUGUAGUCACUUUCCUGGGUCAUUUUAAUUUCCGUGUUUUUUUAAGUUCAUUGCUAAUCAUUAACUUUGCCUUAUGAAGUCAUACUUGAUGUUCACAAAGGCCGUUCUGUGCGUCUGGACCAUGCUCUGAGCUAGUCUCAAGGGGCACUGCUUCCAGGCUGGGCUCUGGUGAUUCAGGACCUGGCUUCUGUGGACUGCAGUCAGGUGUGGGCUCCUUCUGGAAGGUGCUUAGGAAAACUUUGGUGUUGCCCUUGGUGGAAGAAUUGCGCCUCGACGACAUGAAGAGCAGCGGGCGUAGGGACCGGCUGCUCCGCGCUCUGGAGCUCUGGUUGGCUCUGAGGAACUUCUCCCUGUUGGCGUGUUGGAUGGUCAGGCGGCAGCGCAGGAUCUGCAGGAACACGCUGCGGAACUGCUGCGAGGAGAUGUUGUACAGGAGGGGGUUCACCACCGAGCUGAGGUAGAAGAAGAUGUCGGCGAUGGGAAGGAGGGUGAUGUACGCUCUGAAGUAGGGGACAGUCCAGUCCUGCUUCGGUUUAGCAGCUGCCAUGAUCCUUCUCACCUGGUUUGGCAUCCAGCAUAUCGCCAGAGUGGCAAUGAUCAGCCCUGCGAGCAGAAAGAGGAAGAAAGAGGUGUGCAUACAUGGGGGAAAACACAUAAAAUACGAUCAGUUCUGCACUUACUUGUUAGGAAAUAGUACCAAUUUUUCAGUGUUUGCUUGACAGCUUUUUCUGCCAGUAGCACUUUUUUGUUUGUUAUUUUUAAUAACUGUUACAAGGUCAUUGCAGCACAUGCUCUGACAAAAGGCCACAUAGUGCUUGGGUAGUGUUUCUUUGUACAUGUUGUCAUUUUUUAGUUUUCAAAGUGUUCAUUCUCUGAUCAUCUGUAUCUUUGAAAAGAAUGUAUUUUAUUUUGGUUUUUGGUCUUACAUUUCUUAUGUCUUUCCCUUUACUUUGAAAAACAAACAAAAUAAAUAGAACUUAUAGCCAUAUUAGAUCAGGCAAUACCCAGAAGAGAUCAGAUUCUUGUUUGUACUUUACAAAAAAGAAAAUGUAUGCAUAAUAAUAUAUUUCGUGUUAUUUUUGGUAGAUUUCCUCUUACAGAAGCUAUUUUUAAGUAAAAUGUGUAUGGAUCUUUUUAUGGUAAUUAAGAUAUGUUGGGCUUUCUUAAAAAUCAAAUUCCAGUGGAAUUAAAUGAUGAAUGUAAAUGAGAAAAACCCGAACCUAGUCAUGAAAGUGUAAGCAGUUUCAGAUUAUAAAUUAUGCUUAAAAAUGUGAUAUCGGACCAUUUUGUAUUUAUAUGUAAAUAUAAAUACAUGUUGCUGCAUCACUAAUGGCAUUAAAAAGAGGGUGACUGAA